GUGAAAGAGUGGCUAGGAGCCGAAUUACAUUACACUGCUCUAAUUGCAAAAAACCUGGUCACAAUUGUAGGAAGUGUCCAGAUAAUCCCAAACCUAAAGAUAAGCUGCCUAGAAAGAAGACAAAAUCAGCAAGAACAGUUCCUCAAACCGAAAAAGAGGUGCAGCAGAACAUAGAAAGGGCUGAGGAGCACAUCAACUUAGAGGAUGACAUUGUGAAUGAUCAGGGCAUAUCAGGCUUUCAAUAUAGCAGUUAUGAUAUGCCUGCUGCAAGUUUGAACAACCAAGAUCAUGACUUGGAGUUGGAAUGUACUAUUGGAUCAUUUGAUGUUAAUUCUCUAAUAGUCCAUAAUCAUACCAUUCCUUGGGCGGAGGUGCCUGGUCAAAAUGGGGCAAGUGUUAGUGAAGGAAAUAGUUUUUAUGAUACAGGUGAUAUCGGAGAGCUUUCUAAUAUCAAAGUGACAAAUUGUGGUGUGAACAUUUGCUUUGGAGCUCCUUCUAGUAAACUGAUUAUCAAAAGGGCAAAAUGAAGGACAUAGUAAUGGACUUGGC